AUGGCCUGUGUGAAAGUGCUUGUCGAGUUUGGCGCUGACAGCGAUAUUCGAACAUCCAAUGGGACCACAGCGCUACAAUUGUGCUUCGAAAUGGGUGAUGGGACCGAGGAAAUUGUCCACUUUCUACUGGGGCGGGGUGCGGAUCCAAACGCCCAAGUCGGCAUGAGCCGGACCAUGCUUCACAUGGCCGCCGCUAUGGGUCUCGUGCGGGUUGUGCCACUUUUGCUUUCUGCGGGAGUAGAUGCAACUCGCUGCGACUCGUUUGGCCAGACCCCCUGGGAUAAUGCCACACGCUAUGGACAUGGCGAGAUUGCCGACGCUCUAGCAGAAGCAGGAGGCCGCCCAAUAAUAUCACAGCACUCCCUGUUGGAUACUUAUCAAGAAGGUUACCCUGAGACGUUGGAAGACUACGAACACCAUAGUCCAGCAGGCAGCAUGGAGCAACCACCUUAUAGCUCUGUUAUGCUGACGCCUGGGACACAAGGCGGGGAGAAGCUCUUGGGGAGGAUGAAGAAACACUGGUCAAGACUGAAGAAAAAGCUGCGAUACUGCACCGUUAGAGGCACCAGAGGCUCUGAGUGGGACGAGAAGAAGAAGGUGAUCAUUGGCUCUAGCCUGUAG